UAAGCGGCGGAAAUAGGGCACCAACCAGCAAACCAGCGUGCAUAGUAAGAAUUAGGGGAAUCAUUCUCUGAAACCCUUCUGAAGAUCCUUUUGCUCUUCGGAACCAAAAUUACCGACACAUUUGUUUUCUCCGCUGUUCUAAGAACUAUUUGACAGAAGAAAAAGAAGAAUCAUAUAUCAAUGGCGAUUGAUUCCAUCGACUCUCCAUCAUCUCCAUCUCCACCUUCUUCUAAUUUUAGUCAGCCACGCCAUUUCUACUUAGCAGUUGAUAGAAUUCAAUUCAAGAUGGAAACAUUGGUGGAUCUGUUGGGAGUUGCAGGGAGACGGUCAUCCUUGCCAGUGGUGCUUUGUUGCAGUUCUCGUGAUGAACUCGACGCUGUUUGUUCAGCUAUCAGUAAUCUUCCUAACAUUUCCCUGGCCUCUCUGUAUAGUGACCUGGCUGAGGACGAACGUGCAUUGAUACUAGAGAAAUUUCGUCAAGGAACAAGUGAUUGGAAUCGCAAUAUCACUGCUCAUCCAGGCGACGAUAGUGAAAAUGGAAAUCAAGACCUGAAAUCGUCUAUGAUUGUUGUAACUGAUGCCUGCCUGCCUCUUGUUGCUUCAGGAGAGUCACCUAUUUCGGCACGUCUGCUAAUAAACUACGAGUUGCCCACAAAGAAGGAAACGUAUUUGAGGCGCAUGUCGACUUGUUUGGCAUCAGAUGGAAUCGUGAUCAACAUGGUUGUGGGUGGUGAGGUGGUAACCUUGAAAAAUCUUGAAGAAAGCAGCGGCCUUGUCAUAGCUGAGAUGCCCAUACAUAUCUCUGAGAUUUUAUGAAGAUGGAAUGUCAAUCACGACGGAUUGGUUUCUUUGGGGUUAGCUGGAUUUCAACCACUUUUCUGUAUCCACAUGUAGCACUGUGCUUCACUAGUAGAGGCAUACUGCUUGCUGGGUUCUUCCGAACAAUGGAAGUAAUGGAAUACAAUGCAAUCGGGGUGUUGCCUUUUCCUCUUUAACUAUCUGAGUGUUUCUAUAUAUGAAUGCUGUGCCACACUUAGCUUUAAGGGUUUGAUCCUCUUAACUGUAAAUUUGGGAUACACAUGAAACCAUAUUACAUACGACUGUUCGUUCAAUUUGUGAAAGCUUUGAUAUAUUUUUUGCAAGACAGAGUUACUAGAAUUGAAUUCUGGAGGAAUCUUGUAUAUGCUUUAGUGGUUGAUGAUUUUUGGCUUUUGAUAAUUUUGAUAGGUUAAAUUUCUCC